CGAGGCACAACUAAAAGAAGACCCGCUGGGAAACCUACAGCAGUGCCCAGAAAUGGAAAGCGGAGACUGGGGCCUCGAACACAGCCACGCCGCCAAAAGCCCGGCGGCCGCCUAGCAACAUACAACCUGCACAAGGCAAGGACCAGCACGAAGCCACGACACCACCAAGCCACACGCCGCUCAAGCCUUCAUGUGAAGAGGAGCGCCGCAGACACGCAGAGUACUCACCCCUACAAAGCAGCGAGAGUGGGUGGAAGACGGAGGGGACAGGUGGCAGCGAGAUACGGAACGCACGGCAACCCUGACUAUCAUCCCUACCUCAUGAGGGGCAGGCCUGUGCAAGCCGACGCAAGGAGUCAGAGGGACAAGCUGGGAGACUGUACAAAUGGUGCAGAUUCACCUAAGGUCCUGAAGUUAUGUUCACACUUCAUGCCCUAUCAUUCUCUGACACAACCUGUAUUACCCAGUUAG